AGUAGAUUACAGUGCUGGAAUCUUCAUUCAAUUCUUCAUUCGUAUCCGUAUCUUAUUAAAUAAUAUAUAUAUAUACAUAUAUAUCUGGUGAAGAUGUCCUGGUUACUAGGAAGAAAUAGAACUCAACAACCGCAGGAACCAUUAAAUGUGGACGGUACGGACCCAGACGGGAAAACUGCAGGGAACCUUAGUGGAGAUGCCCAGUUAAGUAAUGCUGAACGCAAAGCUAUGGAGGCUUACCGAUUUGAUUCUUCUGCCUUGGAAAGAGCUGCAGAAGCUGCUCGUCAAUUGGAACGUUCAAAACAUGCUCGCGAGGCAUUAGAACUGUCGAAGAUGCAGGAAACGACUAGGCAACAAGAAUAUCAGUUAAAGGUCAAAGAGUACGAAGCCCAUAUUGAACAAGCUAAAGUAGAACAAAGACGUAUUGAUCAUGAGGAGCGACGAAAAACACUGAUUGAAGAGACCAAGCAACAACAACAACGAGCUCAGUAUCAAGAUCAGUUGGCACGGAAGCGAUAUGAAGAUCAAUUGGCUCAGCAACAGCGUGUGCAAGAGGAGAAUUUGAGGAAACAAGAGGAGAGCGUAGCUCGACAAGAAGCUAUGCGCCGCCAGACCAUUGAGCACGAAAUAGAGAUGAAGGAAAAGAAUCGUCUAAAGCUCCUUGAGCAUGAGAUGCGUGUUAAAGCAAAGGUUGAUCGGGAAAAUCGUGACAUAAAUCUUGAACAAAUACGACUAAAGGCUCAAGAACAUCGUACAACUGUACUAGAGGGCAUACGUACCGCCGGUACAGUUGUUGGCGCUGGUGUCGAAGCCAUGCUUACUGAUUGGGAUAAAGUUUUGACUGCGGCUGGAGGCUUAUCAUUAUUAGCUUUGGGUGUAUACGCAGCAAAGGGCGCAACCGGGGUAACUUCACGUUAUGUUGAAGCACGAAUUGGUAAACCAACAUUGGUAGGAGAAACAUCACGGUUUGCAUUCCUAGAUGCCAUUCAGCAUCCAAUCAACUAUGUGAAGAAAUUGCGUUCUAAACCCACUGACGCCCUAAAAGGUGUGAUUUUGAACCCUAAACUUGAAGAACGAUUGCGUGACAUUGCAAUUGCGACGAAGAAUACUCGAGUAAAUAGAGGCAUGUAUCGGAAUGUUUUGAUGCACGGACCACCAGGUACUGGAAAAACAAUGUUUGCCAAGCGUUUAGCAGCGCAUUCAGGCAUGGAUUAUGCUAUUAUGACUGGUGGCGAUGUUGCACCAAUGGGUAAAGAAGGUGUCACUGCCAUUCAUAAGGUUUUCGAUUGGUCACAGACCAGUCGUCGCGGUUUAUUAUUAUUCGUUGAUGAAGCUGAUGCUUUCUUGCGUAAACGUUCGUCAGAACAUAUUUCUGAGGACUUACGUGCCGCUUUAAACGCAUUCCUAUACCGUACAUCUGAGCAAAAUUCCAAGUUUAUGCUAGUUCUAGCUUCCAACACGCCAGAGCAAUUCGAUUAUGCCAUUAAUGAUCGUCUUGAUGAGAUGGUUGAGUUUUCAUUGCCAGGUUUAGAAGAGCGUGAACGCUUAUUGCGACUAUAUUUUGAUAAAUACGUUUUGCAGCCUGCUUCCGAGGGACACAAGCGUUUCAAGUUGGACCAGUUCGAUUAUGGUGCUACAUGUUCGGAGAUGGCGAAAAUCUGUGAAGGAAUGUCUGGUCGUGAAAUAUCAAAAUUGGGCGUUUCUUGGCAAGCGGCAGUUUACGCUUCCGAGGAUGGAGUGUUGACUGAGAAAAUGGUUUUGGAUCGUUGCCAUGCUGCUGCCCAUCAACACAAACAAAAGAUGGCUUGGUUGUCAGAACAGGAACGUAGUGAUCACAAAUCUAUAACUGGCGGAAAGGCCACAUAAUUACCAAUAAUUGGAGAUAAAAAAGUUAGAUUCCCAAACAAUGCCAGCGAUACCUACUAUAAUUUAGUUGGUCCAGAAAUGCGUGUACUAUAAGUAUAGUGGACUUGGUGUGCAAGCAUUUAAAAAUUUUAUUUUAGUUAUUCCUAAAGUUAUCAAAUAAGUAGAUUAAUGAUCCGUAAAGCCUCCGUGCCUAUGAAACAUUUUUCAAGGGCAUAAACAAAGAUUUCCUUGCAUUUAAAUAUGUACCUGAAAGUGACGGCAUACCCCAGAGAGCCUUUGCGGAUGUAAUGCGUUCUGAAAACUCAUCAAGACUGUUAGAGAUUUAUAUUAAACUUCUACUUGAUGGCUUAGAUGAUAUGCAAAUCGUAAUUUGUCAUAUAAACAUUUGUUACCUAUAAUAAUAUUGGAAUGUUAACUUUGUUUAAACAUUAUAUAAAGAAAGUAUAAUAUAUAACAACAUUGAUGAAUGCUUUUGUGCUCUAAUAAAUAUAAAUUAUUUGGAAA